GAUGGUGAGAGCGGGUACAUGGCUCGUGCUUGUGGGCGCAGUGGUGGUAGGCGCCGCCCUUACACACGCCCAGGACGAUGCCGCGGACAGAGAGCGACGGGCGCCCUCGGGAUUUCUGGGAAUGAGAGGUAAAAAGGCGCCCUCGGGUUUCCUGGGAAUGCGAGGCAAGAAGAGCGACGAGGUCUUCGCCGGGAACGAGGUGGACAGCGAGCUCGAGAGCCUCCUCAAGCGCGCUCCUUCGGGAUUCCUCGGCAUGCGGGGGAAGAAAGCUCCUUCCGGCUUCCUUGGUAUGCGAGGCAAGAAAGCUCCUUCCGGCUUCCUUGGCAUGCGAGGCAAGAAAAUGUAUGAUGAUGAGGCUGAAGUGGAUGCUUAUAUUCAGGCCCUCGCCGCCCUCGUGGAGCAGCAGCAGAAGCGCGCCCCGUCGGGAUUCCUCGGCAUGAGGGGCAAGAAGGCGGACUACGACGAGGAUUUCGAGGAGGACCUUGGCGUCCCCGGCUUCGACAAGAGAGCUCCUUCGGGAUUCCUCGGCAUGAGGGGCUGAGAUCUAACGCCUCGGAUUAAGAACCGCCAUUGAAGACUCUCGACUUCUUGCAAAAAGAAAGAAAGAAA